AUGUGGCGGCGCACAUAUCUUCUCCUAGUUCUCAUCAGGCUCUGGUUUGCUCUGUCGCCUAGCUACCUCCACCCCGAUGAGAACUUCCAGGGGCCGGAAGUGAUUGCCGGUAUGUAUUCGGCUAUGAAUGGAUUUAUUAGUAGCGGUUCCUUUAAAAAAUGGCUAACCGGAUGUCCGAUCUAUAUAGGCCAGAUCUUUAGUUACCCUGUUCGGCAUACAUGGGAAUUCACUAGCGAGAAUCCGAUUCGGAGUGUGUUCCCUCUCUGGCCCGUCUAUGGACUCCCUAUGCUUUUGCUGCGUUGGCUUUGGGUUGGAAAUGGCCAAGAUGGCGAGAUUCCUCCUGUUGUUGUCUUCUGGACGCUGAGGUUCUUGAUGUUCUUGACAAGCUUUGUGCUGGAAGACUGGGCCCUUGACGAGUUGAUCAACCUCGAUGACUUAGCCAACAAGACACGCCAGCGCCGCACUGCUCUUCUUCUUGUUGCAUCGUCUUAUGUAACCUGGACUUUCCAAACACACACCUUUUCCAACUCAGUCGAGACCUUGACUGUCUUAUGGAGCCUGGUCUUGAUAAAACGCAUCACUGCUCCGCAAUCAUCUAUACUCUCGUCUAUUGUUUUGGGAGUGAUUGUCGUCUUUGGCUUCUUCAACCGUGUUACCUUUCCAGCGUUUCUGAUACUACCUGGAUUUUGGUUACUGCCUCAUUUUUUGCAUAAACCCUUUACGGUGGCCGCUUUGGUCCUGGCCGCCCUUGCUACUGCUUUCAUUGCUAUUGCAGUUGAUACUGCUUUUUACACGCCGGAGCCCAUCACUUGGACCGAUCUAAUCACGAAUCCUGUUAUUACACCUCUUAACAACCUCAUAUAUAAUUCUUCUACCGAAAAUCUUGCACUGCAUGGUUUGCACCCUUGGUAUCAACAUAUUCUGGCCAAUUUACCGCAGCUUAUUGGACCAGCAUUCGUAUUAAUAUUUUUUCGACCUUACAUGUCUUUGAGACUGUACUCAGCCAUAUCUGGAAUUGUCGCCCUAUCUUUUAUCAAACAUCAAGAAGCACGGUUUCUGUUACCAGCUGUGCCACUUAUCCUAUCAUCUUUAAAACUGCCGAAGAAUCCAACAAUCAAUCGAAUCUGGACAGCAUCUUGGAUUAUAUUCAACGUCUUCCUUGGCGUGCUCAUGGGGAUAUACCACCAAGGCGGUAUUGUUGUUGGACAGGUAUUUAUGAGCAAGCAGCCCGACGCCACAAAUGCCCUCUGGUGGAAGACCUAUCCUCCCCCUAUCUGGCUUCUCAACGGCAAAAAUGAAGUCUUGACUACCAAGGAUGUUAUGGGAAUCAAGGGUGAAGCGCUGCUGGAACAACUAGCUGAGUUAGCUACAUGCGAUACUCCUGCAGAUCGGCGCAGUCAGGAGUAUUUGAAAGAGAGAAGCGGAACUUAUUUGAUCGCGCCAGCGUCGGCCACUUGGUUGGACCCAUAUCUCUCCAACAAGGGCUUGGAGGGGCUGAGAUUCCGGGAGGUUUGGCGGUAUAGGAACCAUCUCAAUUUGGACGAUAUGGAUUUUGGAGAUGACGGAGUUUGGAAUACUCUCUCCAGAGUCAUCGGCCGUCGGGGGCUCGUCGCGUGGCGAGUAACAAAAAGCUGCGGUAGAUAA